UCUUGGUUCCGGAUUUGGUGAGAUCACAAUCUACUUAAUCAUGCUUUUGUUCAGUGCAAGUUUUGGCCUGAAGUUAUAAAGGAUUCAUCUCUCAUCUUUUCUCUUGUGGUUGGUUCUGUGUAUGGAGUUCUUUGUAGAUAUAGGUUUCUUAUAAACUUUAGUUUCUAGCUUGAACAUGGGAAUGGUUAUUGUAUUAGAACAAAAACAAUUAGUUAUGGCAAUGCCAGAUUUAGCUUUUACCAAAAGAAUGAGCUGUGAAUUAUAGAAUUAGUAAGUCGUUAGAAACGUUGUCCGUGGACAGAAUAUAGUAAGUGGUUAGGAAUGUUUCUUCAUUAUUUUAUUGUGGUAGUUCUCUGUAAAAAACUUUUUGCCCGGACCAGUUUGUGAUUAUUGAGAUUUUAGGCUGUAACAAUCCGGGGGACCUGAGAUUUCAAGAAACUGCUGAUAAUUGAGUCUCACCAUCUGACAUUCAACUCAUAGUAACCUUAUAGGUAAAGAGCAGGACAUGAUGAGAGAGGCGCACCAAAGCACUCACACCGUGAGGUCCCAUGGAAUGACACUCGCAAGAACUCACAUGCAUGACUGGAUCAUACUCGUACUACUUGUUAUCCUCGAGUGCAUCCUCCUCAUAAUCCACCCGUUCUACCGCUUUGUCGGUAAAGACAUGAUGACUGAUCUAAGCUACCCUCUAAAGAGCAACACCGUACCAAUCUGGUCUGUCCCGGUCUAUGCGAUGCUGCUGCCACUGGCGAUCUUCAUCUUCAUCUACUUCCGUAGAAGAGACGUAUACGAUCUUCACCACGCGGUGCUAGGUCUGUUGUACUCUGUUCUGGUGACGGCUGUGCUUACUGAUUCGAUAAAGAACGCAGUUGGUAGACCGCGUCCUGACUUCUUCUGGCGUUGUUUUCCUGAUGGCAAAGCUGUUUAUGAUGCUCUCGGAGAUGUGAUAUGUCAUGGUGAUAAAAGUGUUAUAAGGGAAGGGCACAAGAGCUUCCCAAGCGGACACACUUCAUGGUCUUUCGCGGGACUAGGGUUCUUGUCGCUGUACUUAUCAGGGAAGAUUCGAGCGUUUGAUGGUAAAGGACACGUUGCGAAGCUGUGCAUUGUCAUACUCCCUUUGCUAGUUGCAGCUCUUGUUGGUAUCUCCCGUGUGGAUGAUUAUUGGCAUCACUGGCAAGACGUCUUUGCUGGAGGCUUGCUAGGUAUUGUGGUUUCUACGUUCUGUUAUCUUCAAUUCUUCCCGCCACCAUAUCGCACUGAAGCUUGGGGACCAUAUGCUUACUUCCUUGUGUUGGAGGCAGCACGAGCUCAAGCUCAAGCAGCAGAGAAUGAAAUGGCGCAACGACCGCCUCAGGGAGAUAACGGUGAAGAGGAAGACGGUGGGUUUAUGGGACUACAUUUGGUGGAUAAUCCGAGUAUGAGAAGAGAAGAAGCAGAUGUAGAAGCUGGUAGAGUGCCGUCUAGAGGCUGAGAUUAUACAGAAUCACUGAAGCUGGUUUGGUUGAAGCUUAGGACACUUUUGUCUUGUUCUAUACAUUCUUUUGUUUGCUUUUGGUGUUUGGUUUACUGGUUAUACCCCGGUUUUUGUUAAAGUUUACUGCUUUUAAUUUGUUCAGUUCAGUUUAAUCGAACCAAAUGUUAAAGCCAAAAC